AUGGCGGGGGUCGACAGCAUACAACGCCAGGUAACAACUCCCGAAGGUACGGGAACCUCGAUCCCGCAGGUAGACAUUCGGCCUACCAGGCCCCGACCUCCUAAGGCCUUCUACUGGAAUGGGCUGCACCCUUCCCAGCUGGCUGCGGGAGACCGGUGGAAGAACCGAAAGCUUUGCACUUAUUGUAACAACCCUCUGUUUCCAGCAAAUUUUGGCAGGACUCCCCGCAUCUGCGGCGGCUGCGAGCAAGUGACAUACUGCUCGAUGAAGUGCCAGCUCGCAGAUGAGCGCCUACAUCAGAUAGUGUGCGAGCUGUUUACCACUUUCAUACGAACAUCACCUAGACCUUCUUCGGCACACAAGAUCACGUUGCUGAUCCCUGAGGAUAGCGAUGUGCCAGCAUUCCUGUGGCUCCGCUAUACCCAAUACCACCAUUUCGAUGUUCCCGACUUGGAAACUGUGCUUGGCGAUGAUUAUCCCGCAACUAUGGAAGAUUCCAUUUUACAUCGGCUUCACAUCUCGCACAUGUACAUGCAACCUUUCGAUCUGGAUCAUCAGGUCUGUUACUGGUACAGAGAUGGGCAUAAGGAAGAUGGGUCCGUUGUUAAUCAGUGUCUUGCUAUGAUAACCAAGGUCCCAAUGGAUAAGAUGACAUUCAGAGGACCGCUACUCAUUGCUUCGAGCGCGGCAACCCACUGGAGCGCGAGAGGCGUAUACCGGGAUUUUGGGCUCGAGGACUUCCGAGUCGUUUAUGACUACUUCCGCAUCUACCACAGCGACUCACAGAAACCACUUGGCAUCAGAUACUCUGUUGGGGAGGGGAAGCCAGUCAUGGGCGUUCGUCUGACAUGCUUGGGCGACCAGAGGCUCUUUAAGGAUCACGUCUAUGUCCCAGUCAAGCUUCCACUAGGCCACUCCAUCUACCACCCCGAGCUUUACCACCACGACGAAAUCACACUGGCGGUUCCAAAUCUCCUCGAGCUGCCACUCCUCUUCGACCGCCACCUCCCCGAGUACGAUAACCUGAGCGAGGCCGAGACUAGACACAUGAGCGAGGAUCGGGAGUACUUCGAAAACCGCCAAUUCCUUCCGCUGACCGUUGACGUCGAUCCAUACAGUCCUGGCUGGGGAAAGGUCUACAGGCGAGACAACGGCCGGUUCACCUACAGCGUCUCUCUGGUGCGCGCCGACAAGAAAGACCUCACUAUCUUCCACGCCCAGGCCAUCAUCGCCUUCUGCAGCGAGUUCCUCAUCCCCGCCAUGCAGCGGCAGCACAAGCACCUCGCCGCCAGCGGCAUGUCCAGCCGCGAGAUGAUCGCCUUCCGCGAGUCCUUCAAGCGCGAGAUGAUCUGCCGCGCCAGAUUCGAGAGGUGGCUGGCGACCUAUCGCGAUCAGAAGGCCCUGGCGUUCCCGGUUCUGGCGCUGGAGCUGUCGCCUUAUGAGGUCUAG